AGGCGGCCAUGUUGGAGCGGCGGAGGCGGCGCAGAGGUGCGUCCUGGUUCCCCGCGGCGGCGCCGGUGCCAAGUGCUGAUUUGUGGAUACCAAGGCAGAUUCCCAGUGUCUAAUGCCAUGAGCAUGGUAGUGCAGCAUGUGGAGGAGAAAGCUGUGCACUCCUGGUCACGCAUCUCCACGGCAGGGAAGAAAGCCCUGGAAGAGGCGCUGCUUGUGUUUAAUCCCAUGAGCCAGGAUCUCAGUGCCACAGAGGCCCAGCUUGUGGCCUUCCUACAGGGCCUACGAGACGAUGGCUUCCAACCGACCAUUCUGCGAAGUGGUGAUGUCUAUGGCUAUAGUUCAUGCACAGCCAACCCCCCCAGCCAGACAAAGCUACAAGCUCGCGCCACCAACCCAUCUGCCACAGCACUUCCAGCCAGGGGUCCCCGGACUGCUGUGCCGCUUCCAGCAAGCCAGGCCACACUGCUGCCUGUGCCACUGUCUGGCAGGCUGGCUAAGGGAUCCACACCAGCCCUGGCCAAGCAUGCUACCACUAACCUGUUGCUGAGCUCCCUGAAGCAGUCCAGUGCCAGCCACACCAAUGGUACCACAGUCGGCUUCCCUGCCCACCUCUAUCCAGGUGUCUACCCUGCCAUGCAGCUCUCUGUGGUUCUUGAAGCACUGGUCCCACUCAAGACUCCUUGCUUUGGGGAUAAACACAGGGCACAGUCUCUGCAGCAGUCACUUGCAAACUCUUCCCUAAAACUGAAGAAAGGUUCGGGGAACCCACAAUCCAAAGCAUCCAGAAAAAUCACAAGCAAGGGCCUCAAAUGCCUGAGUAAGAAACGUCCUGGGGCUGCUCAGCGAGGUGCUGGGACCCAGAGCAGUGGCCUACGCAUAAAAGGGUGCUCUGCCUCGGGCACCAAAACAGUCCAGGCCAAGGCAUCUCGAAAACUGACCAAAGCUGCUCGUGCCCAUGCCAGUCUAGCUCAAACCCAGAACAAGACAGCAAGGGCCAAGGCAGCAAAGCCCAAGCCCAGGGCAGCCAAAGCCAAGGCCACUGUGGUGAGGGACAAGGCCAAAGCCAAGGUAGUCAAGGCCAAGGCCAAAGCAGCUCAGACCAAGCACAAGGGAAGGCCAAAGGGAUCUGUCCAUACCAGAACUGGAAGGGCAAGCCUGAAAAAUUGCCCUGAGACUGUGGGGAAGAAGAGGAAGAAGGCUGAGGAUGCAAAGGGUCUCCCUCCUAAGAAGAGAGCACGGCUUGUGCUCCGAUCCCCUAAGGCAUGGCUGGGGCCUGGAAAGAAACCUCACAAGUCCCAGACUAUAAAGGUAGACAGGAAAUGCUCAGAUGAUGAGGUUCGACAGUGGGCCCAGCAGAUCCUCCGCGUGAACCUCUCUCCAGUAGUGUGGCUCCAGCCACUGCUACCGUCUUGAUUCCGUACUCAACAUCCUGAGCUGUCCGUGUGACCAGCAGCACAGUGUGCCCUGCUCGUGGACUUUGCAGCUCCCUGGACUCUGGGUACCUUCUGAACCCUUGUGGUCACCAACCUCCUUUCAGAAACUGAGGAUUUGGGAAGGGUGGGUGUGGGAGGGGUGUUCUCAUGGCUCAGUGCACUGUGACUUGUCCCUCGAGUUGUAUGUCUGAUGUUCAUCUAUCAUGUUUUAUACCUUUCCACCUUGUAGUCUCCCUGCUCACCCUCCAUGCUCUCAUUGAUGAUUGAUUUUUCCGUGUGGGGGCUGCUGGCAGGAGCCCGCCAGAAGUAGUCCUGGGAACAGGCUUACAGAGAGUACCCUGGCAGCUUGAAUGAAGCAGGCCAUCGGUUUGAAUGCUAGGGUGAUAUGGAAGGACAAAGCUCCCAGGCUUCUAGAGAGAUGUGGGGAAAUCCGGGUGCUGCUUCUGUAGAUGUGUGAGAGAGAUCCUGAGGGCGGGGCAGAGCCGCGACGAAGUAGGGCAACUCACCUUGAGUGUCCCAGUUUUGAACCAGAUGGGCCCCAUUCAAGAUGGGGAGCCACUCUGGCAAACCCCGCAGCUGCAGGGUUUUAGGCCAGGGAAAGAAGUAUUUGCUGUACUGCUCUCUAGAGGCCAAGCUUUAGGGCUUUGCCUGGGCUUGUCUGGGGAGAGGGAACAGGCUUAAGAGGUGUGAGGUGCUGCUUCUCUGCUGAAUGUGACUAGCCUCAGUUUUCUCCAGAGGCUGGGCUUCGGAUCUGGGCCACUAAACCUGCCCUUACUGUCCAAAAAUUUUCGCUGUAAUAACUGGUAGUGGAUACAGGAAGGCGUCUACCUGUACCUCAGCAAUGCUUUCUGACUGGAUUCCACAUGCUCCAUCUUCCUCAGAGGUCCAGCCUGACCGUCCCCUAACAUGGCCUGUGCUUUGGACAUUGUUGUUACCUUCUGCUUUGGAGAAGAGGCUGGGUCAUCUGUCAUCCACUGUCCUCUGCUAGCCGCUCAGGCUGGAGGAAGGUAGUGGUUGGGAGGUAGGGAAUGGGCAGUCCCUGCACUUGGGAAUUUGAGUAUGAGUUUGAGGUCAGCAUCAGCUACCCCCCCCCCCCCCCCAAACCUCUCUCUCUCUCUUUAUUUUGUUUUUUCGAGAUAGGGUUUCUCUGUGUAGCCCUGGCUGU